ACAUUCACGGAUAGUAGCGGAUACCACACCUUUCCUUAGCUUCGUAAGGCUUAACUAGCGAUGGAGUACUCGCCGAAGAUAGCAGCACUGCUGCUCUUAGCUCUCGCGUCCGCCAUGGUGGUCGUCACGGCGCAGAACUCGCCGCAGGACUUCGUGGACCCCCACAACGCUGCGCGCGCCGACAUGGGCGUCGGGCCGGUGACCUGGGACGACAACGUGGCUGCGUACGCGCAGAACUACGCGGAGCAGCGCCGCGGCGACUGCCAGCUGGUACAUUCGGGCGGGCAGUACGGGGAGAACAUCUACGGAGGCCGCGGCGGCGGGGCCGACUGGACGGCGGCGGACGCCGUGCAAGCGUGGGUCUCGGAGAAGCAGUACUACGACCACGGCAGCAACAGCUGCUCGGCGCCGGCGGACAAGUCGUGCUUGCACUACACGCAGGUGGUGUGGCGCGACUCGACGGCCAUCGGCUGCGCCCGCGUCGUCUGCGACGGCGGCGACGGCCUGUUCAUCAUCUGCAGCUACAACCCGCCGGGCAACUACGAGGGGGUGAGCCCAUACUAGGCUAUGCAUGCGUGCGUGCGUGCGUGCAUGUACGUAGCAGCGCAUAUAUUGCAUAAAGAAUAAAGUUGAGAUCACAAUCGUGGUAAGAUUGUGACACUUUAGACCGGCUAGAUUCACGCUAUAGUUUAGACCGGCUAAUGGGAUAAUGUGUUACGAUUCAUGUAAGCUGUAUGCUUGCACGUGCUUGAUAUGCAGUGCUUAAUUGUAUGAAUGGAAAUACAGUU